AAAAAGAAGUUUGAAAUUCGCGCCCUCAGUUACCCGGGGAAACUAACCUUCUACACGACCAGCGACGAGAAGAGCAAACACCUGUUGUACCUGUGUCGCCUCACGCACCUGUUCAACCUGGCCUUGCAACCUCGUCUUGCAGAGGUCCGGCAGAUUCAAGAAGAAGAUCGGAGGCGCUACCGAGACAGUUACAUCUACAGCGACCGUUACGUCUCGGAGAUAGGCGGCCUCUCCGAUACCCUGGGCGGGCUGAGGGGAUACUUGGCCAAAACUUCGGCCGACCAACGCGUGUCUGUGAUCUCGAACACCUCUUCGAACACCACGUCGGGCAUCGUCUCCGAUCGCGUGCUUUCCCUCGAUGGCAGUGAGGAUGAUCUGGACUCCGAGGUGCUGGUCAACACGCCCCCCGCCGCCAGUAUUGAGAGCGGCGUCGAGUCCCUGACCAGGUCCCUCUCGCGCCUCGAUUCCUCGUCGAGUAGCACUCACGCUCACACCCCGGACUAUGAUGAGGAGAGCCUAAGCAGACCGUCGUUCACUCCGCCGUCAUCGACCCCACCCUCCGGGGGGCGAGUCCGGGACGGCGUGGGCCUCUGCGGCAGCGAGGCAGGCAGGGGGUCUCCCGCCGCAGGCAGCGUGCACUCCUCGUCCUCGCAGCACUCCGCCUCCACCGUCCGCUCCAGGUACUCUAACAUUCCCCACAGACUGCCGCCAGAUCUGACCCUCGGGGCCGACUUGGCGGACCUGUCGCUCGCCCAGGACCUCCCCGACCUGGCCGAUCUGCCGGGCAUGGCGGCCGACCGGUCGGGGCGAGCCGGGGGCGAGGAGAGCGAGCUGUGCGCGGGCAUGCCCCACACCCAGCACAACUGCUGCUCCACCUGCUGUGACGACGACAACGCCUCCAUCACGUCCGCGGACGAUCCAGAGGAGGGGGCCGACGACCAGCACUGCAAGUGCGGCUCCUGCGCCAUGUGCAUCUUGCAGCAGGCGUCGGCGGGCUUCCUGCACCAGAAGUUGGACAGUGAAAACUCGAGCGUCGCGGCGCAGCGCGGGGACGCCGGCCCGCACACCUACAACGACUCCCUAGACUCCGCCAGCGCCUCAACACACUUCUUCGGCAGCCCCACCUUCGUCAGCGACGAGACCUCGGUGAUGGUGCAGCCCGACCUCGACGAGUCCGUGACCUCCACCUACAACUUCUCCGAAGAAGACUUCAGCCAGCUGGACAAUAACGACGACUACGUGGAGUUUUUCAAGGACGGGCUGAGGUUCCCGGAGCAGGCGGGCGGCCCGCUCGAGCGGAGGGACCUGCCCGAGGAGAGGUCCAGUCUCACGCCGCCCACGAGCGUCCACCGCCUCAGCCCCCAAGGCCUAGGCGCUCAGGGGCUCGUCACGCAAAGGGUCGGGGCGCAGCCGGUGACCACGGCAGCUGAAGGGGCUGCAGCGUCGCCUCUGUCAGAUCAGCAAGAGGAGGAGCACCUGGACUACUCGGUCGAAAGCGCUCAGGCGUCCCUCUCGACGUCCUACUCCCCCGCCCUCGCCAUUUCCUUGGGCGCCUUUCGGCCGCGUGCUUCCGUGUCGUCCACCUUUGACACGGACAGCGACUACGUGCAAGUGUCUGGAACGGACGCCCGCUUCUUGGUAACGUCGCCAGCCCCGGUCUCCAUGUCCACCGUCACGACCAUCACGCCGGUGGCCAUCGCCUCCUCGCGCGUGAACACGGCCUCGCCGAACGGAUCCCUGCCCCGGACUAGUGAGCCGAACAGCAACAGGUCCUCCCUGGCGACGCCCGACGCCGUUAUCUGCGAGACGGCCGUGGCCAGUGCCAGUGAGGCUCCGGCAAAAUUUAUCACGUCCAAACCCCGGAUUACGGUGCUGAAAGCACACACGCAGCUGGCGGCGACAGCAGCGCCCUCGUUCACGUCGGUGCCGCUUAGCAGAGGCAUGGUCCACACGCUGCCGCAGGUCCAGCAGAGGCCCAAGAUCGACACCGUCCAAUCACUGCAGCGCGGGGCGGCGCACCUUCCGGAGAUGAGGCCGCUGGGCCUUCCGCCGCCCUACGCGCGCGACCACCGCUCCAACAAAGUCAAGGCUCUGGCGGGGCCCGGCGGCGCUGAAGUGCCUGUGAUCAGGAAGAACAACUACCUUGACGUGCGCGCCUCCGCGUCCAUGAACAAGAGCAAGGCGCGCGUGCACCCGGAGCAGCAUCCGACCGUCACGCCAAGGAGUCUCUACCUCAGACACCAACAGAAAGCCUUGCAACAACAACAGCUCAAACAGCAGCAGCAAAUUCAGCAGUUGCAACAACGUAUCAGCAGUGAAACGGUCUACCAACCAGCAGCUUAUGCACAAGGCGUUGGAGUGCCACUGCUGCCGUCACCCACGUACACUGGCUUCCAACAACAGCAGGCUCAUUCUCUUAGUAUUCAGCAACCCGUCCAUAGCCUCGUACAAGCUCAGCAGCAGCACCACCAUCAUCAACAACAACAACAGCAGCAACAACAGCAACAGCAACAGCAACAUCAGCAGCAGCAACCUCAGCAAAACUACUUGUAUCAGCCAUAUAUCAAGAACUUCUUUCAGAAUCCUCCGCCUCCAUCGCCGCACCACGGCUACGGCGUCGGUGCGGGUCCUGGCGGCAGCGGCUACCAGGUGGCGCUGGAGGCCGCGUCGCCGACGUACCAGUGCGCCAGCGACCCCGGAACGUUCCAGACUCACCAGUCGCUGGCCACGGUCUACACCAACCAAGUGAGCUUGAGCCAAAUCGAACAGUUCAAAGCUCAGCUCUACUCGGACGUGGAUUACGUCAUCUACCCCAUGAAGGAUCCUGCCCUCAGCCGCCAGGAGUACAUGGAUGCCAAGCAAGGCCAGGUGAUCGCCACGCAGGCGCAGCAGCAGCAGCAUGCCGGGAGUAGCAGCAGCAGCUUCGCCUACCUGCAUCCCCCGCCGCCGUACCGCACGCGCAAGCUCUCGCCCUUAUACAGGUCGUCGCCGAACGUCGCGGGCACCCUGAGCAGCUGCAGCGGCGGCAGCGGCAGCGGCGUCAUCACGGGCGGAGGAAGCGCGUCCCUGCUGUCGUCGUACCCGUCGUACCAGAGCCUCACCUCGCAGCACCCCGGCUCGUCCUCCGGCUAUUCGUCCAUGGCGCGGGGACGCUACUUCUCGCAGCAGUCCUUGGCGUCGUCGUCCCUGUCCUCCGCGCCUUCUGGAUACUCUGCUUCCACGCAGAGUCUCACUGGAAGCUACGAGCCCUAUUCCGAGGUCAUGCUGCGCUCGGCCUCCAUGAUGCGAGUCCGCUCAGACGAGUCCAUCUUGUCCUCUGCUCUAGCGGACUCGGCAGACCCUGCGGCUCCGUCAGGCCAACAGCUGCCUCCGCCCCCACCUUACCGGCCCAAGGUGAGGACAGCUCACAAGUACGUGGCUUCCUUUCCUCACGUGACUGAUGCAGUCCCUCUCAAGGCCGUGCUAAUAUCUUUUGCCACUGUUAACACUCACUAA